UCACGUUGCUUCUUCCUCCCUCUCUUUCGCUCUCACUCCGCAGCAGCAACACCACGAACCUACAAUGCUCACAAACCCUACUCUCCAUGGCCGAGCUCCAUCGUCUCCCUCCUCUCUUCUCCAUCCUCUCCAACCUAACAACCCCACCUUCUCCUUCUCCCCAAGCCUCUUCUCCCCUUGCGCUGCGAGGCCUUCGCCCCGCUCCUUCCUCCCGUUCCGGCCAUUACGGUUCAAGAGGUGGUCUAGGGUUAGGGCUUCGGCGGAUUCAAAGCCGUUGGAGAGUGUGGAGGAUGAUGGGCUUAGCUCCGGUCCACAGAAACACUCCAUAAAGAUCCCUGUUGGGGAUAGGCAUAUAUUGGUGGAGACAGGUCACAUUGGGAGGCAAGCUAGCGCCUCUGUAACAGUUACUGAUGGCGAAACUAUUGUCUAUUGUUCUGUAUGCUUAGCUGAUGUCCCUAGCGAGCCUUCCGACUUCUUCCCAAUGUCAGUGAAUUAUCAGGAACGCCUCUCAGCUGCAGGAAGGACUAGCGGCGGGUUUUUCAAACGGGAAGGAAGGGCCAAAGACCAUGAGGUUCUCAUCUGCAGGUUGAUAGACAGACCUUUGCGUCCUACCAUGCCGAAGGGUUUCUAUUAUGAAACACAAGUUCUAUCUUGGGUUUUCAGUUAUGAUGGUCUUCAUUCUCCUGAUUGCUUGGCUGUCACAGCUGCUGGUAUAGCAGUAGCUCUUUCAGAAGUGCCGAAUACAAAAACUAUUGCUGGUGUGAGGAUAGGCCUAAUUGAUGAUAAAUUCGUAGUCAAUCCAACUACUAGAGAAAUGGAGUCAUCAGAGUUGGAUUUGAUAAUCGCAGGAACUGAUAGUGCUAUAUUGAUGAUAGAGGGAUACUGUAACUUUCUACCGGAGGAGAGGUUGCUUCAAGCGGUCGAGAUAGGGCAGGCAGCAAUACGGCAGAUAUGCCAUGAGGUGGAGACUUUAGUCAAGAAGCGUGGAAAGCCAAAAAUGAUUGAAGCUAUCAAACUACCCCCUGCUGAGCUCUAUAGGCAUGUUGAAGAUAUAUCCGGAGAUGAGUUGGUGAAAGCGCUGCAAAUAAGAAGCAAAAUUCCUAGGAGGAAGGCUCUUUCUGCAUUGGAGGAUAAAGUGUUGACAAUACUAACUGAACAGGGUUAUGUUUUCAAGGAUGAAUCAUCAGGAGCCGCUGAAGGCAUAGCAGAUGUUUACGAGGAUGAGGAUGAGGAUGAGGUAGUAGUUCCGGAUGGUGAAGUGGAUGAAGGUGAUGUUCAUAUAAAGCCAAUCCCGCGGAAGCCAGUACCUUUGUUAUUCUCUGAAGUUGAUGUGAAGCUGGUGUUCAAAGAGGUUACAUCUAAGUUUUUGCGCAAGCGUAUUGUGGAGGGUGGAAAACGAAGCGACGGACGGAGCCCUUUGGAGAUACGGCCAAUUAAUUCACAAUGUGGGAUACUUCCUAGAGCACAUGGAAGUGCACUCUUUACACGGGGAGAAACGCAGUCGCUUGCAGUUGUCACCCUUGGAGAUAAACAAAUGGCCCAAAGAAUCGACAACCUUGUGGAUACAGAAGAGCUAAAAAGUUUUUAUCUUCAGUAUUCAUUUCCACCAUCCUGUGUGGGGGAAGUGGGGCGGAUGGGAGCACCUAGCAGGAGGGAGGUAGGUCAUGGCAUGCUUGCAGAAAGGGCAUUGGAACCUAUUUUGCCCUCAGAAGAGGAUUUUCCAUACACUGUUCGUGUUGAAAGUACCAUUACUGAAAGUAAUGGGUCAUCCAGCAUGGCGUCUGUCUGCGGAGGCUGUCUAGCACUUCUGGAUGCCGGAGUUCCUAUUAAGUGCUCUGUUGCUGGAAUAGCAAUGGGUCUGGUCUUGGAGACAAAAGAAUUCGGUGGAGAUGGGACACCACUUAUUCUUUCCGAUAUUAGUGGAUCUGAAGAUGCUUCUGGCGACAUGGAUUUUAAGGUUGCUGGUGAUGAGAGCGGUAUCACUGCCUUUCAAAUGGAUAUUAAGAUUGGGGGAAUUACUUUACCUGUGAUGGAGCAAGCACUUCAUCAAGCAAGAGAUGGCCGAAAGCAUGUUCUAUCCGAAAUGUUGAAGUGCUCACCCCCACCAGCUAAGAAGCUCUCACCAUAUGCUCCACUAAUUCAUGUUAUGAAGGUCAAACCCGAGAAAGUGAAUCUAAUAAUUGGUACGGGUGGAAAGAAAGUGAAAAGCAUCAUAGAGGAGACCGGAGUGGACGCUAUAGAUACCCAAGAUGAUGGCAUAGUCAAAAUUACUGCAAAGGACUUGUCAAGCUUGGAAAAGUCAAAAGCUAUAAUAGCCAAUCUAACGAUGGUCCCUACAGUUGGUGAUAUUUACAGGAAUUGUGAGAUAAAGUCAAUAGCACCUUAUGGAGUUUUUGUUGAAAUUGCACCAGGGCGUGAGGGCCUAUGUCAUAUCAGUGAACUGAGCCCCAAUUGGUUAGCAAAGGCUGAAGAUAUCUUUAAAGUGGGCGACCAUAUUGACGUCAAACUUAUAGAGGUGAAUGAGAAGGGCCAGCUUCGAUUAAGUCACCGUGCCCUACUUCCUGAUCAAAAUCCUGAUCAACCCACUGGCAAACAACAAACAAGUAGCUCCACCAAAGAAAACAUGCCUCCACAAGAAAAGCUUAUUAAUAUUAGUACAAGGAAACCUUUACGAAAGAAUGAAGAACCAUCUGAAGAGAGCAAAGUCGACAAGAACCUUCCCAAAAAGGUUGUAGCGCCGCUUAUGGAUCUGACUUCAGAGCAAGGAAGGUUGACUGGAAAGAACCAGGCAAAAGUAAAUGAACCAUAUAUAAGUAAAGACAGACAAAAGAAGAGCGGCAACAAAGCAUCUACUGGAAUGGUUGCAUCAAAAGAUGGGGCCAGUUAGAAGAAUAGCUGAAAUUUUGGUGAUGAGAAUCCCAUGACUCAGAUACUCUAUGGAGUAUCUUCAAGUCGAUUGUCCGAGGACAAAGAUAUCCGAUGCAACCAAAUUGAUGCGAUAGAGCACCGAAAAAUCUGAAAUUGCUUUGGAAGCCCCACUGAUCCAUUUCUACAAAUGGUGAACCCCCCAUCAGAGGAGCAGGAGCAGAUCUUAGCUCCAAAGCGCUUUCUGAUUCAUGUGGGGGACUCUUCGGCGUCAAAGAUGUUGUGUUUGGAGAACACAUCCCGAAACUGGGCCUUAGUGCUUCUUGCAGCAGCUUUAGCAAGUCUGCAAAAUCUCCAGCGUGGUCAAAGAGGUCGUAUAUUAUGUGUGCUUGGAGAUCAGACUUGUCACGUAGUGCGCUACUGGGUUCAUUUUUGCCGGGGUGCAGUUCUUUCAUCUUCCUCAUCUGAAAGAGCAAUUGAGAUAAACUGUUUGUAUAUAAACAACGGGGCUAUGCUGUGCUUCGCAAUUGGAGAUUCAAUCGUAGUCUCAAUCUGUUCUUUCUUGUUUCUGCCUCUAAAACUGUGAAGGCUCUCGUAAACAACUGGCUAGCGACUAUAAUUUUCUGAACAGAAGCUCCAUGGUUUAGUCAAUUUUGAGUGGAUUUGAUGUAUCAAUGAAUCAAACACCGACAAUUUUCGUUUUCUUGCUUUUCUGUUAAUCAGACAUGAGAUAACCAGUAAUCUGCUAACUGCUGUUGUUAUUCCCGUGACGUCGAAAUGGUGCAUUAGCUAUUGGAGAGGUUGAUGCUGAAUUGCUUUUGUGCGAAGCGCGCAAGUGAUGCAAGUUGUCUUAUUCAAGGCAGUGAUUGGAUCCCACGGCGUCGCCGUGGGAAUGAUUCCUAUAACAGUUUUAUUGAACAAAAUUUUCAGUUUAGUUUUA